CAAAGUUUAUCUAAUGAAAAUCCAUUUCUAUAUAAACAUAUGUACCAACAUAAUAACCAAAAAACACCAAAAACAAAAUUAGAAAUUAAAGGUUAUCUAAAACAUGUCGGGAGCUCAAGGUUCGUUGCCACCAGGAAGCACAACAGCAACGACAUACCAUUCCGUACAAGGAGGUGAAAACCAAAGUCGAAUGGAUCUUCACUCGAAAGAAGAUGAAGGUAAGAUUCAAAUAGACAAAAUACAAGAUAAAGUUGAAGAUUGUGCUGGCCGUGGCGGUCCAGUUUUCGGUGAUGCGGUUUCGGAAACGAUUGAAGCCCAACAACAAGGUCGUCGUGAUAAGCCGGACCCCGGCGUUACUGGGACUGGAUAGUUCGUGUGUAUGCCUGUUGUAUGAGUUAAUAAAGUUUGUAAUACAUAGGUUGUGUUGGAAGGUUAAUAGUUUUAUGUGUAUGUGUA